AUGGAACUCUAUCCUUGGCUUCUCAUAACUGGAACACUGGUAAUUUCUUUCACAUUUUUCACUCUCACCAUGCUCGGAUGGUGCAUUAAUACCAAUCACACGCGAUCCCUUCCUCCAGCAGGCUUAUCUUUUGAUGAUAAGUUCUCUCCUUGCAUGAGUUUAGAGUCUCAUUCAAUUACCUUCCAUUACAAGGCUGCAGAAGGCACAAACCAGACUGAAUGUGUUAUCUGCUUGACAAGUUUUGAAGAAGAGGAAAGUGUAAGGAAGCUUCACACUUGCAGGCACAUCUUCCACACCUCUUGCAUUGAUAAGUGGCUUGGCUCUCAUUCUGGCUGUCCACUGUGCCGCACUCAGAUUGACAAAGUGAAUUCACCAAAUAGCAGAGUGGCUUUGGAAGAAAAUGAUCGUAUGAUCAUGGUCAUUGUUAACUCCUGA